CCCCCUCCUGGACGGGCGGCGUUAACCACCAUUGGGUAAUAAAAACAAGUGCUUCUCGUCUGCUACGUUUAUCUGGGACAUGAGGGCAGAAGGACUACGCAACACGCUACGAAACCCGCCGGUAAAGACUCGCCGGGUUUAAGUAAAUGGGAGAGAACCGCUGGGUAGUGUCUUCCUACCGCUCCCCGAUGUUAGCGCGGUGGCUGCUGCUGCUCGUCUGCGCUGUACACGCAGAGGCCGAUUUCUUCCACUUCGACAGCAUUAGUAACGUUUCUACCUAUUAUUUUAAUUACAUUUACUGCAACAUAUGGGAGGGGGAGUGUCAGCCCAACCAGGACGAUGCCACACAGCAAGUUCCUACCAGGGAGCUGUGGCCAGGCUUUCCCCAGGACUACAUGGGUGUGCUGCAUCAGUGGUACUGUAGCUUGGGGCAGUGCUGCGAGUCUGGAGACUGCAGGAUAACCAACAACAUCACAGGUUUGGCCAAGGACCUUCGGACCAAGCUUCAUGGUCAGCACCUGGCCCAGUCUGUGGUUCUUAAAGCCGUGCAAGGUUUCAUCAACAGCCCGGAGUCCAACAAGCCUCUGACGCUCUCAUUUCACGGCUGGUCCGGAACUGGAAAGAACUUCGUGGCCCGGAUUAUCGCCGAUAACCUGUACCGGGACGGGGUGAAGAGCGAGUGCGUUCGUUUGUUUAUCGCCCCGUUCCACUUCCCACACGCCAGGCUGGUGGACACGUACAAGGGCCAGCUGAGGGAGGCCAUCCGAGACAUGGUGCUGCGCUGCCCACAGACGCUGUUCAUCUUCGACGAGGCUGAAAAGCUCCACCCAGGACUCAUUGAUGCUAUCAAGCCCUACAUGGAUCACUAUGACAACGUGGAUGGAGUCACCUACCGUAGAGCCAUCUUCCUCUUCCUCAGCAACAUUGGCGGUGCAGCGAUCAACGACGUCGCGCUGGACUUCUGGCACUCUGGUCAGAAUCGAGAGGACAUCGGUAUGGAAGAUCUGGAACAUCGACUUCGAGCUGAAACUAUGGAGUCACAAGGUGGGUUUGCCCAGAGUGCGCUCAUGUCAGGUCACCUAAUUGAUUUCUAUGUGCCGUUUCUUCCUCUGGAGUAUCGACAUGUAAAACUCUGUGCACGAGAUGCCUACAUAGCCUGGGGUCUCGAGACGGAUGAGGCAACGCUGGAUGAGGUGGCCAAGGCAAUGCUGUAUGUCCCCAAGGAGGAGAGACUGUUCUCAGCCCAAGGAUGCAAGUCCAUACCGCAGAGGAUCAACUUCUUCCUCCCAUAGAUGUGGAGACACAUGUGGAGAUGGCGACCUGGAGGAGGUGUUCGAUUGCUUUAAAAGCCCGUCUGCGUACUGAGCCAUAUAGGAGAUGUGUCCUCCUUGCUCUGUGUGCCGCCUUCUCCUCACACAGAUAAAAGGCAUGUCUGUCCAGGUCCCUCAGAGACGAGCAGGCAGCGAGACAGAUCUAAUGUGAGACGUGGAACCAACAAUCCUGCAGGGAUCAGCAGUGUCACAGGAAACAUGUUUACUGCAAACGGUCUUCAUGUGAUACGUGCUGCUGUACCCUCACCUGCUUGGUUUGAUGAAUCAUGAAGAAAGUGCACUAUCAUCACUCGUUCAUUUCUAGUACACUGUUUUUCACCGUCAUAAAUAUUAGUUGUGCUGUUUUGUUAUGAUUCAGUAGAGUAUGUGCUUUAGUUAGCAGUGGGUAUUUAGUGAAAUCAUGUGCUGUACUUGAACAUUUUCAGGUGCCAGAUGAUGUUUGUGGAUCGGUUUAAAUACACUCUAAACUAUAAAAUAGACAUUAGACCAUGUUGCACAGCACUUUUCACUACAUAAAGUACUCUUUACCCAAAGAUGGGAUCACACUUGUCUUUAAUUUAUCCUUUAGAUGUUGUCUCACUUACACAAUGACAUUUUGUGUCACAGGAUUGGGAUGAGGAUUAAGGGGAAUUGUGUUGUUUAAACAGUUUAUGUGCAAUAAUAAGGAUGGAAAAUGUUACUUAAAUUGUUACAAAAGUACUUUGGGGUUCUGUAAGUCUACAUUUUAUUAAAACACAUGAUUGUUUUACAGUUACAAACAUUUUUAUUCACUCGCCAAACUGUUGUUCACCAUUAUAGUAUGAAAGUGUGAAAUUAAGCAAGAUAUGGGAAAAAAUAAUAAACAAUAAAACCAGU